UACUACUAGUACUAUCAUCCUCUGCUCCAUUAUUACUUUUACCCAAUAUUCUUCUCUUUUCUCUCUGCAGAAGAAGAAAUUUCUGGGGAUUUCAAAAAAGAAGAGCAAAAAAAUGGGAAAAACAGAUCAAAACCAACAGUUAGAUUUCCGUUCAAUCUACGAUGAUGCUUGGUACACAGUAGAUAGACUCGUUUUAAGCAAGCAAAACACUGUUCUUACUGUGAAAUUCUUUGAGUUUGAUGAAGAUGAUGAUGAGAUGUUCAAUGUGAAAGAUUACAAAACAGUGAAUGAGUUGGAUCAGUUUUUGAACCGGUUUCGUCCAGCUUGUCUUCAGGUACAAGAUGGAGAGUGUUAUGAUAUGAGACGUGGAUCGGAUGUCUGUGCAUUACUCGAACAAGGUGAAGAUGAUCAAAAGUUCUACAAUGGUGUCAUUGAAUCGAUCGAACGUGAACCUCACACACGCAAAGGAGGAGAAGAAAGGUGUUCCAGCAUACUUGUGGUGGGUUGGCUAGAAGGUCCAAAUGCUUGGUGUACUGAACAGAUGGGGAUUAAACGCAUUUGCAAACUUCAACCAGGAUCCCCAUUAUUUGAUUACUCGCUCGCAUGUUUCAUGAAGAGGUCACGACAACAUCUCGAUUCACUUUUGAAAUGAUAACCGUAUGCAAGUCGGUAAGGUAAUAGAAGGGUCCGGAGUGUGGGUUAUUUUGUUUAUGCUUAGCAGCAAGUUACUAGUAUGGUAGGAAAACCAGGGAAGUAGGAAGUUAUGGAUGGAAUCAUAUCUCUACCUUUGUAAAUACUCAUGUCCUCUAGUGCAACUCGAUUUUAUUAGAUUGGUCGUAAAUUCGUCUCUUGUGUUUGCUUAGCACAAUCUUCUCUCGUGUUUGCUUAGCACAACCUAUUAGUAGUUUUCUUUACACUUUUACUUUACCAGUUUCCCAAUAUGUUUUAACAGUAAAUCAUGUAUUCCCAGUGGGUUCUUGAUGACAAAUACUAGUCUUACAUUUCA